CUCGAACUCCUGACCUUGACCCAUCCUCCCUCUUCGGCCUCUCAGUGCUGGGAUUACAGGCGCCUGGCCUGGGCGAAGCUUCUAAAGCAGCCGGAAAUCAGUACUUCGGGCCCUCCAGCGGCUCACCGGAAGGAGAGCUCUGGAAAGACCGCGUGGGCCAGCCCACGAUCAGGUGACGCCCUCAGGGGCUGCACGCUCCGGCCGCCAGGCCCCAGGGCCACUGAGCAUGCGCAGGCGCUUCCCGCCCACCGCCGCGCAGGCGCCCUGCAUCUCGUGGCGGGACGCCGCGCGGGGAGAGCCUGUCCGGUAGGGCGUGUGCGGGUCCUGUGCGUCCACAGCCUCCGGCCAGCGCCGCUCGUCCACUUCGCCUGUGAAAGGAUACAAAGCAAAAUCAGCUAAGAGGUGAAGUCUGGAGGAAACCAAGCUAAGCUUCCGGAAGUCCUCUCUCAGUGUUCUGAAGGAAAAGAGGUCAUUGCUUUGUCUCAGCAUUGGUGAAGGUGGUAUUCUCUGGAUCUCUGCAUUGUAAAGCUCAAUGGAGUUUGAGGCAGCCCUGGUGGACCUCCAAGAGGAGUCCAGCUGUCCCAUCUGCCUGGAGUACUUGAAAGACCCAGUGACCAUCGGCUGUGGGCACAACUUCUGUCACUCCUGCCUCAGUGUGUCCUGGAAGGAUCUAGACGAUGCCUUUCCCUGUCCUGUCUGUCAUUUUAGCUUUCCAUACGGGAACUUCAAGAGGAACCCUCAGCUUCGUGAUUUGACUGAAAUAGCUAAGCAGCUGCAGGUCAGAAGGAGCAAGAGGAAGAGGCAGAACGAGCAUGCCGUGUGUGAAAAGCACAAUCAGUUUCUGACCCUUUUCUGUCUGAAAGACCUGGAGAUCUUAUGUACACAGUGCAGUUUCUCCGCUGAGCACCGGAAGCACUACAUUAGCCCCAUUGGCAAAGCUGCCUCUUACCACCGAGAAACUCUACAAUGCAGUGUUGAGCCCUUGAAGAAGAAUAUAGAACGAAUUGAAAAAGUGAUAGCUCUGCAAGGCAGCAAGUCAGCGGAGCUUAAAAAGCAGGUAGAAUAUAGGAGAGAAGAAAUCAAUUCUGAAUUUGAGGAAAUUAGACUGUUUUUACAGAAUGAGCAGGAGAGUGUUCUUAGGCAGGUACAAGAUGAAGAGAUGGACAUUUUAACAAAGCUAAAUGAAAACCAUGAAACAUUUUCACAUGAUGUUUCCACAGUAAAGCAUCUUCUGAGGGAGAUAGAAGGCACAUGUGUACAGUCAGACACGGAAUUACUGGCGUGUGUUAAGAGUAUCCACCACAGGUAUCAAAACCUGAAAUACCCUGAAACCUUUUCAUUUAGUUUAACAAAAUAUGGUUUCAGACUUCCUCCCCAGUAUUCUGGCUUGGACAGAAUUAUCAAGCCAUUUCAAGUAGAUGUGAUUCUAGAUGUCGACACAGCACAUCCUCAACUCAUUGUCUCUAAGGAUAGAAAAGCUGUGCGGUAUAGAAGAACAAAAGAAAAAGAUGGUUGUAACGCCAGGAGAUUUGCUCUUUGCCCUGCUGUCCUGGGGUCUCGGGGGUUUAGUUCUGGCAGACACUACUGGGAGGUAGAAGUGGGGAGGAAGCCUAAGUGGAUACUGGGCGUGUGUCACGAGGGUGUCGCCAGGAGCUGGCAAGACCAGCCGUCGGUUCUGGCUGGGUUCUGGGCAGUUGGGCGGUACAUGUGUAGUGGCUACGUCGCGUCCGGCCCCGGGAGAGUCCACCUGCUGCCUGCAGUAAGGCCCAGUAAGAUUGGCGUUUUUCUGGACUGUGAGUUGGGUGAGGUCUCCUUUUAUAAUAUGAAUGAUCGGUCUGUUCUCUAUACUUUUAAUGAUUCUUUCAGAGAAGCUGUUUGGCCUUAUUUCUAUACUGGAACAGAUUCAGAACCUCUUAAAAUCUGCCCAUUAUCAGAUUCUGAAAGAUAAAGAACCUGAUAAAUGAACCUGUUUCAGUUUUUAUGGGCAACUUUGCCAGUAAUUUAAAUUUUACCACUGAAAUCCAGAAUAGAUUUUUCUCCUUCAUUGUUAGCAACUGUAAAACAUGUUCAUAAUACCCCUUUCAUAGAUAUGAAUGUCAGGUGUCAAGUGAUUUGCAUUUUAAGAUAAAAUUUUUGUUGAGAAUUAUAUUAACAUGUCUGAUGAAAUUUUAAAAUUGCCAAUAAAUUGUUUCUUUUAUUUAGGUCCAUCCCCUAAAGCUGUACAAAUUGUUAUUUCAAUGGUGUGUUUACCAUGUACUUAACCUUUCUUUGUAGUGGAUUCUUCUAUUUACCUCCAUAUUUCCCAUUAUUAAAUUUCCUGUUAUUUAUUGCA